GCAGCAGUGUACACGCAGCUUCCGGAAUUGACACGCAUGCGCACUGGCCGUUCUUACUGCUGAGCUGAGCUGUUGCUCGGUAACUGCCGGGAAUUAGCGGCUUUUCUCCGCCACAUUUGAACUAUCAUCACUGCCAGAGGAAUUAAAGUUCCAUAUUUAUGUGUUCACCGAGAGGAUUUCAAUCAUAGGACGACUGAAUUCAUAAAACACAGAGGAUGGCUGUAUUAUUGACGCAUUCGUCCCAGAUGUAACGUUAGCCGAACGGACAUGCCACGUCUCCUCAGCGCACCUGAACACGUGUGAAAGCCCCUGAUGAUGAGGAUGAGGAUGAAGGUGAGGAUGGCUUGAAAUAUGACGUCAUGGAGGAAUACACCUGUACAGAGAAGCAGCUGGUGGUAAAGGUUUGAUUCGUCCUCUUCAUAAGCUCUUCAUCCACUCCAGCAAUGGGAAGGAUUAGCAUUUCCUGCCUGUUUCCAGCAUCCUGGCACUUCAGCCUGUCUCCGGUGGUUCUGCCGCGGUUCCUGUUGCCUUCCUUCAGGCAGCUGCUGCUGCUGGGUCUGUUGGCUGGUGUGAUGGGGCUGCUGUACCUGCUGCUGGUCACAGGGAAGGGCCAGUACAGCUGGUUACGAGAGGACAGACACAUCCACACACGUUUGGGUCGGGUGCCGGAUAUGGAGGCCACAGACACCAAUAACCCCAACCUGAACUAUGGGCUGGUGGUGGACUGUGGCAGCAGUGGCUCCCGUGUGUUUGUGUACACCUGGCCUCGGCACAACGGCAACCUGCAUGAGCUCCUAGACAUCAAACAGAUGCGAGACAAGCACAGGAAGCCUGUAGUGAUGAAGAUCAAACCAGGUAUUUCAGAGUACGCAUCCACACCAGACAAGGCCAGCGACUACAUCAGCCCUCUGCUGAGCUUUGCUGCUCAGCACAUCCCUAAGAACAAGCACCAGGAGACACCUCUCUACAUCCUGUGCACUGCAGGAAUGAGAGUCCUGCCUGAAAGCCAACAGGAGGCCCUGCUGGAGGAUUUGCGGACUGACAUUCCUGUUAAUUUCAACUUCCUGUUCUCCGACUCCCAUGUGGAAGUUAUCUCAGGCAAACAGGAAGGAGUAUAUGCAUGGAUAGGUAUCAACUUUGUCCUGGGACGAUUCAAUCAUGUUGAGGAUGAACAUGAGGCAGUGGUGGAGGUGCAGGUUCCUGGCAGUGACCAGCAGGAGACGCUGGUGCGCAAGCGUACGGCUGGUGUAUUGGACAUGGGUGGCGUCUCCACUCAGAUCGCAUACGAAGUGCCCAAAACUGUAAGCUUUGCUUCUCCACAACAGGAAGAGAUAGCCAAGAAUUUGCUGGCGGAGUUUAACCUGGGCUGUGAUGCUCACAGAACAGAGCACGUGUACCGUGUUUAUGUCUCAACAUUUUUGGGUUUUGGUGGAAAUGCGGCCCGCCAGAGAUAUGAGGAAAACCUCAUCAGCACCACACAAAUCCAAAACAAGCUGCUGGUUCAGCAUCAAGGAGAGAGCGCAGACUCGCCCAUUCUUGACCCCUGUCUGCCAGCUGACCUCCAGGACGAGGUGGGUCCUCAGGACCAGAGAGUUCACCUGAGAGGCACUGGAGACUUCGACCGCUGCCGUCUGCUGCUCCAGCCGUUCCUCAACCGCACCAACGACACCAACACCUCGCUGAACGGAGUCUACCAGCCACCCAUCGACUUCACCAACAGCCAGUUCUACGGCUUCUCUGAGUUCUACUACUGUACCGAAGAUGUGCUGCGCAUGGGAGGAGACUACAACUCCACCAAAUAUUCCAACGCUGCUAAGAGUUACUGUGCCACCCAGUGGAAGACUCUGAAAGAACGGUUUGAUCGAGGACUUUAUGCCUCGCAUGCUGAUCAACAUAGACUGAAGUAUCAGUGCUUCAAGUCUGCGUGGAUGUAUGAGGUGCUGCACUCAGGUUUUGCGUUUCCAGCGGCGUACGAGAAUCUCAGGACGGCCCUGCUGGUGUAUGACAAAGAAGUGCAGUGGACACUAGGAGCCAUUUUAUACCGCACACGUUUUCUACCUCUAAGGGACAUCCAGCAGGAGAGUCUGAAGGGCUCUCACUCUCGCUGGCAUCGCAGCUUCUCCUUCAUGAACAACCACUAUCUGUUCCUGGCCUGUUUUCUGGUGGUGGUUUUGUCUAUUCUGCUCUACCUGCUCCGUCUGAGACGCAUACACAACCGCUCCGCACUCCUGCGCAGUGCCUCUUCAUCCGUCAAGUGGCUGGAGGAGGGCCUGGGUUCACCAGACCUCCCUGUUACCCUAUAGGGCCUGCACCCUGUCAAUCAAACAAUGGGCCAAUCACUGGAGGAGACGCUCCUCUCCAAUGAUUUGGUUUUAAAACACUUUGUCAUGGUUUUGCAUCCUAUCAAGUCUUUCUCCAACAGUCAUCAUGUCAGCUUCUCAUUGGCCAGUUUAGCAUUUUCACAGAAUAUUUUGCAAGGGAUUCUACAUGACAUGUACAGUAAGGCCAGUCAAGCUUUGGCGUAAUGUGAAGACGGUGAAGACUGCAGCUUGGGAAAGGACUGCAUGGCUGCCUCUGAUCAGCUGUGAUGUUUGGUUGUUUAUUUAUUAAUUGUCUGAGGGACGCUGAGGCUGCCUUUUGAAUUUCAGUGUCACUAUCAUUGUGAAAGAGGACAUGUGACUAUAUAUGUGUCCGUAGUCUAGACAAGGUUCUGCCGGCUGUUGCCUCGACUCAAGACUGUACGCAUAAUUGAACAUUUAUUUAAUGUUUUGGUUGUGCCAAAGAAAAACAGAGUGAGAUUCAUUUUAAAAGAUGAAUAUUAAAUGUUUUUACCACUAAAACCUUUUCUCUCUCUCUCUUUCGGUUUCUGUUCAGUACAAUAGAAACUCAUGUCUUGGAACUUUUAUCUUGGACACUGAGGUUGGACUACGCUGAUAUUGUGGUAGAAAGCGAAAUCCCUUUAAAAUGUAAAAACACCAACCACAAUUAGAAAGAUGUGGCAAAUUUAUCAAAUGAUUUAGGUUCACUUUUUUUUUUCUACCUUAAAACACCUUUCCAUGAAUUAUGUUUCCAUGAACAGCACUCCAUGGAGGAAUGUUGAGAGAGAAAGAGAAAAUGGCACUUAUUUUUAUUUUUUCUUGUUAAAGGUAGAUGGUUUCAAUGGUGAAUAUUACAGUGUUACAGUGUCAGAAUUACUGCUUUAUCAUUGGUACUGUUUAUUGCUUGUCUGUGAGUGUAUGUGGGAUUGUGAGCAUUGAUUUGAUUUGAUUUUCAUUUUUUUAAAUGCCAUCACCUAUAAUUUCUAUGACUUUACAUUGAGGUGGAGCUAUAAAUGUUGUUAUUUAAACUUGUAGAGCUCCAUGAUGAGAAUCAGUGCAAUACAUUUGGGGGUUAAAAUCACAUCUUUGCAUGCCAGAAUUCAAGCUUACAGUUUAUAAGUUCACCCACAAAUAAAUAGUCAUGUUCUUCCAAACCCAUAUGGCCACUUCGGUUUGACUAAAACAUUCUGAUGAAUGUAUUAGUCACUAAUUUGCAUGCAGUUACACUGAAUUGGAUCAAGAUGUAAAAAGCACCAUACAUUUUUUUUAAACCAUUGCACAUAUGACUGUGUACUAUAUUUAAAGUAUGAAGUAUUCUGAAGCCAAACAAUAGCUUUGUGUGAGUAACAAUACUAUGACCACAAAUUGAAUGGGCAGUAUAAUGAGACUUCUGUAGUGUUGGUUUUUUUUUUUUUUUUUUUUUUUUUUUUUUUUUUUUUUUUUUUUUUGGUCAUUUGACAGUCACAGUUCUUAUUCACUUUCACUAUAUUGAAAAUAACUAGUACAUUUUUUCCGAGAUACACCAUUUGCGUUCCAUAGAAAGAACAUCUGAUGGAUUUGGAACAACAUAAUCACUUAAAGGGACAGUUCACGUAAAAAUUACGUGAAAAUUCUGAAAAUGAACUGAAAAUUCUGUCAUCAUUUUCUCCUCCUCACUUGUCUCACCCUGAGUUUCUUUCUCCUGAUGAACACAAAACAAAAAGAUAUUUUGAUAAAUGUGUGUAACCAAACAGUUGCUGGUAUCCAUUGACUUCUAAAAUAGUUUUUCCCCCCAUACUGUGGAUGUGAAUGGGGACCAACAACUUGAGGGUGAUUAAAUGAUGACAACAUUUUUAUGUUUGGGUUAACUAUUAAUUGAACUAAAUUUAUACUUUUUUUCUUCUUCUUCUUCUUCUUCAGUGUACCAUUACUGUAUAUUAAAAUGUUUUGGGGGCUUAAUUAGGAUGUAUUAUGACAGGAUGCCAUUGACAAAUGACAAAUCUUGCAUCUAAAAGUCAUUUGGAAUUGAAGCGGUGUACACUGCUCUGAUUGAAUGUGUAGGUCCAUGUAUUUCAGUGCAAAUUCCUAAUUUCUCGUUGAGAUAUAUAGUUGAGUAUCAUCAGCAUAACAAUGGAAAAUAAUUCCGUAUUUUCUAAUAAUAUUACCAAGGGGCAACAUGUAUAUUGAAAAUAGCAGAGGACCUAGGACAGAUCCUUGUGGCACUCCAUAUUUUACUAGUUAAAUAAACAAAGUGGUAGCGAUCGGACCGAUAGGAUCUAAACCAUCUUGAAGCCUGCCCUUGAAUACCCGUAUAGUUUUGUAAUCGAUCUAUGAAUAUGUCAUGAUCUUUGGUGUCGAACGCCGCACUAAGAUCAAGUAAAACUAGCAAUGAGAUGCAGCCUUGGUCUGACCCAAGAAGCAAGUCAUUUGUAAUUUUAACAAGUGCAGUUUCUGUGCUAUGGUGGGACUUGAAACCUGACUGAAAAUCUUUAUAUCACUUUUUUUUUUUUUUUUUUUUUGCAAAAAGGAGCUGAUGUGGGGUUGGUGUUCACGUCUCUCUUUGGAGAGUCAGUCACUGCUGUAUAAUGUUGGUGUUUGUCAAGCACAGGUACCAUAUUCACACAAACUGUUAAACAAGUUUGCACGCAAAACAUCAAUUCCUUCAAUAUUGCUGUUGUCAGAGAUAAAGAUAAAUUAAGAAUUAAAUGGUGUUUGGUGUUUUGUUCCUCCAAAUGGUGCUCGCUAAGUGGAAAACACAUAUACGUUUAUUGAAAAAGGAGUCUUGACUAGAGUACGGGACUAAGUAUUGAGUUCUUCAUGAGAGGACUUUGUGUCAGUGGUUUAUUUAUGAGAGGUUAAACCCUUCUUGUUUUCACUUCUCAGAGCUGUAAAGAGUGACUGACCCCUGUUUUCUCAUUCUUGUGUUACAAACCCGAGAAGAUGUUAAAUGGCUGACCAUGUGGUCUUCAGCUGUCUGAGAUGGCUAUAUGGAAACUAGGUUUGUUAGUUCCUGUAAUAAUAAUAAUAAUAAUAAAACAUGUUGUAGGACCUUAAGUCAGUACAGCCUAUUGAGCAAACUUUUCCUCAUAGCUAUGAUUUUAUUUGCAAAAAAUAAAUAAAUAAAUAUGGUGUCUACCAACACAUUCUCAUGACGAACUGUUGGUGGUGAAUUCA